AUGAUAACAUCAGAUGCCAACGUCAGCAGCAGCAGUGGCGGCAGCAGCGGCAGCUCAGCGGGAAACAACGAGACGCCAUGGGCCGACCUCUGGUGGAAAGAGAGGGUUCAGGUGGCGUCUCCGGACUGGACCGAGCUCCGCCAACGCGUCCAGUGGCUGUGGCCCGUGCACGCGUACGGUCUAGCCUGCCUCUUUCUAGGACUCGCCGUCACUGCCUUCCUCACGGCGCUGGGCCUGCGGGCAAGGCUAUCGGCGAGGCCGCACCUCUCCACGCUCAACGUCUUCCUUCUGGUGCUGGGCCUCACGCGAUGCCUGUGCCUGUUCCUCGACCCGUACGGUUCCAGGCAGCUGAUGCCGAGCGUGAUGCUGGCCAUGCUGUGGGACCUGGCCUUCCCGUGCCUGCUGUCGGCCUUCGCGCUGCUGCAGCUGGCCUUCGUGCAGCUCACGCAGGCCAAGCCCAGUCCCGCACGAGUCGGAGACGAGACGUGCGUCUCGCUCGUCGUCGUCUUCCACUUCUGCCUCGCCAUCGCGUCGGACCUCUUCUGGGCCAUGCAGAACUCGUUCAGGGUGGUGUGGCUGUUCACCCAGCUCUCGUUCACUGCCUGGGGUCUGUUCCUGUGCUCGACGUGCGUGUGCUCCUGCCUGCGGCUGCAGCAGUCCAUCUCCCAGCUGCCCAUGCUGCUAUUCCUGCCUCCGCAAGGCCCUGCGGACGCCGCCACAGACGUCGCAGCAUCCUCGGCAUGCUACGAAAACAAGGGCAUCAUGGCUCUCGGAACUCUGGAAAGGUCCGGCAGUGGCGGAGCCGGCCGCUCUAUGCCCCGCAGCUACACGGCCAGCGGCGUCCCCAUGCGCGGGGCCUGGGAGGCACUGGCGCCCAGGAUUCGGGUCACGGACGAGCACCAGCGCACCAUAAGCCUGAGCAGCGCGCAGGGCGCCGGGGGAGGACCCUCGUCGCCUUCCAACGAGCACAGGACAGCCAGUUCUUCGUCGUCGACAGAAGGUCCGGAACCGGAUCCGGAACCUGACGCGGGACCUGAUUUACCGAAGAGCUCCGCUGGCCUACGCUCGCAAACCUUCGCUGCCUCUCUGCCCGUCACAGCUCACUCGCGAACAGCAGCAGCCUCUCAUGCAAUAACGCAAUUCCCGUCCCCACAGUCCAAGCUGGAAGCCGAAUUCAGCGUCGGCGAACAGCAGCCCUCCUCGGCCGUGCAACAAGUUCGCGACCAGAAGCGGAGCACCCUGCCAAAAACCGGUGGCCACUCGACACGUGCUUGGACGCGUCCACGAGAAACCACCGGUUCGUUGCUACUGACGACUGCGUACAGGGCCGGCAGGGGCCAGCCUCAGCCGCAGAAGAAGCGCAGCCGCGUGGAGCGCCUGCUGCGCCAGACGCUGUUGGCGGCCGUGCUGGGCAUCGUGCUGUGCUGCCUGCAGGGAUACGGUGUGGCCGGACCGCACGGCAUGUUCGCCGCCACACCGAGGGCGGCCGCGGUGCUGCCCUGGUUCGCAUACCACACGCUCCACAGAUGCCUGGAGCUCGCCAUGGCCUGCACCAUGGCCAGCGUGACGAGGAAGUCGCUCUACAGCAACUGCUACCGGUCGCACAGCUGCAACGAAAAGUACCGGGGAUCACUCUUCUCUUGAGCGCUCGGUCACUUUUUGUUCUACGCCAAACACUGCGCACUGGAUUACGAGUCGACGACGGCUCUUUUUGGCACGACGGUGCCAAUGCGUGCACUGCGAUGGCGGUAUAGCAUGCUUGCAGCACGCGCUCAAAAACAGGCGCCAACAGCACGCCAGUAGCCCGUCCGGAGCGCAUGAGUUCCGCUGCAGUGCUAAUUCUUCAGUGCCACCUUACACAUUCUCUGCCAGGACGAAGGACACGCCCAUCACCGUACGUACGGACAUUGUUAAAGGACUAGCCCGGGUGUCCUUGUCGGCCGUAUAGGCCGCCAUCUUAGAAGUUUGCGUGCGUGUGCGUUUGUGUAUGCGUGUGAUUGACCCCACGUUGGGCACCAUUUUAAUGUUUGUGUGUAUGCGUGUAUGGUUGGCCCACGUCCGCCGCCAUAUUCAUGUUUGCAUGUACGCAUAUGUGUUUAGUGUGUGUGUGCGUGAAACGAGUGUUUUAAGAUGUGAAUACGCACCAGCCUCCACUUCGUCCCUGUCGGAGGCUGGAUCGCUAUUUUCGCGUUCUGCAGAAGACGUGCGGCCAUUACCUGCUAGGGUCGGCCUUUGCGACGUUCAUGGCAGCGUGUUUGUCUUUUGACGUCAUCAGAGCGGCGCGGCGCGCACUUUGGGGGUGCCAGUAUAAGCCGAACGGGAUUGACAAAGAUGUCCAUGCAUAACAAUUAGUUGUUAGUUGAUUAGAGUUUACCAAUACGUUCACCUAUCACGUCAAGCAAAAAGUCUUCUUUAAGGGUGCGAAAACAAAAAAAAACACGUUAAUAUGGGCGUCCAACCCACCGACCCUGGUUAAUCGGUUCCUCUGGAUUAUAUUCCUUAACAAUUACGCGUAGUUCCUAUCAUAAUAAAACGGAAAACACGCGAACCUCUCUGUAACACAUCGGAAAUGCUAACAUAUCUUUUAACGGUGAAGCUCGGAGAGCGAAGACCACCUUACUUUAGUCUGUUUCUUUCACCAGGGUCUUCGAUCACUACAAGAAGAGACGCUAGCCAAGCUGCUGUCUUUUUGGCUCGCCAGACCACAGCCGCUCUGAUUGAAUGAACGAACGAAGCUGUGAUCCGGUCUGAAGGGUACGGGCAUUUGCCCUCUUAUAACACGUUAUCACGCGCUAGAUUAUAUUCUACCGCUCAUCGUUUGCCGCCAGAAGGAGGCGACGGCAGCUGAAGACAGACAGGAGUAAUGGCAAAAUGACACGCUCACUAAAGGUAACUACGUAUAUAAGCUGCUGGUUACUGGCCGAAAGUAGCGGCUCUGCAAUGGGAUACUUCAGAGACACCAACAAAAAAGUCAGUAGGUACGGCUCUAUGCUGAUAAAAGUGUAUACUUCCGAUACUCCAAUCCAACUUCUUUGUCGAUUACUGGCUCCCCAACAACAAACAAUCGUUACGUCCCGUCAGUGUAAUGCCUAAUCAUAAUUAAGCUAUCAGAAACAUUUACUAUACUCAGCGAGUCGAUCUUGCUGGAGCAUAUAGACUUUUCUCCGCUAGUGUAACCGCAACUCAGGUUUCGUCUCUAUUCUUUGUUUUGGACAUCUCGCGUGUGACGAUUUGUUCGUGAUUAUAGCCUACAACACAGGUUCGUGACUAGUUAAGCCUAUUCUCCCUUGCUGGGCAACGCCACUUCUCCGGUGCCGUUAUCAAUUUUAGGUGAGAGAGAAAGGGCAGAGUGAGAGAUGACGGGUGGACGUGUCCUUAGCGGUGAGUCGUCGUUAUCGGACGCAUCAGUGCGUAGCAUGGCCCUCCGAUAAAUCUACUCUGCGUCGACGAUCGCGGAGGCCACUGCUUACCCCCAUCAUCGCCCUUCACGCUAGGCAGAAACCAAAGCAAGAAACCGACUUGACGCUCGGCACGACAAA